AUGACAUCGUACGAGUCAGACCACGAUCUCGAUAGCCACACUGCCCAAUCCAUCCACUCACUUAGUCGCUUUUCUCGCCAUGUCAAACCUUUGAUCGAUUCGGCUCGGAACGGAUGGCAACCCAACAUAGCCUAUCACCCGCUCACAGGAGACGACGAUAACGAUGGGUCAUGGUUACAGAGGGUCCUGUCCAUCAUUGCUGCCCCGAGAUUCCGCCGCUACGUCCUUGUAUACCUAUCGCUUUUCCUGCUUGGCUGGGCUAGCUGGGCCUGGGUUCUUUAUCCUCGUAUUCAGGAACGAAACUCCAUAAUUCAUUCGCUAGAUCCCGCUUCCAAGGAUGAGGCGGGAGGUUGGUUCGGAACAAAUUCAAAGCCGCAGUUCGAUGAUUUGAUUCAGGUCCAAGCCUUGGACCCCGACUUCUUGCCCAAGGCGGCACCGGAAGGAGAGGGCGCUGAUACGACCGACAGACGGUUGAUUGUUGUGGGGGAUGUACACGGAUGCAAAGACGCACUGGUUCAAUUGCUUGACGAUGCUUCUUUCACUCCGGCGACUGAUCACCUAAUCUUCACGGGAGACCUCAUCAAUAAGGGACCCGAUAGUGCUGGUGUGGUGGAUUUGGCCCGCGAGCAUUCUGCCUCUUGCGUGCGUGGAAACCAUGAAGACAGAGUAUUACUCCUCCGCCGCAGCAUUGUGGCAUCGAAUGCCAUGGCUGGACCACAAGAAGGAGAUGACCAGAUUUACACGUCGAAGGAACUUGGUGAACGUGCCUUGGCUCGUUCGUUGAGCGAUGAGCAAGCGAAGUGGCUAGAGGCUUGUCCAGUUAUUUUGGACGUGGGUAUGAUCUCGGGUAUGGGCCGUGUAGUUGUUGCGCACGGUGGUCUUGUCCCAGGAGUGGAUCUCCACAAUCAGGACCCGUCGAGCGUGAUGAACAUGCGUACUAUUGAUUUGAAAACACAUGUUCCGAGCUCUUCAAGUGAAGGCUUGAACUGGGCGAAGAUGUUCAACAAGCACCAAUCCAACUUACAUGCGAGCUUAAAGGCUUCAAAGUCCGACCCUGAAUCCGAGAUUAUUACUGUCAUUUAUGGCCACGAUGCUAAGACAUCACUUAAUAUUCGGGCUUACACCAAGGGCCUUGAUUCCGGGUGUGUCAAGGGUGGUAAGCUGACUGCAUUGAUCAUUGAGCCAAGCGGCGAACAAAAGCUUGUUCAAGUGAAAUGUCGCAAAUACUCGAAGGAUUAA